CACCAUUACAACAGUUCGACAGCAACACCGUUGUACAGGAAAUUGUGAGAAGUGCGCCCGAGGACUACCAACAAGUAUGGAGGAAAUCUUACUGCAAUCGAUGAACGCCCCAGCAAGCGCAACAGUAUACCAACAUGUCCGCCUUCGCUUGCGAAACCUCAAGGAUCUGCGGAAACUACUACAAGAGCAUGAAACCCCGAAGAGCCUCCUUGAGAUGUCAUGUGAAGAUGUGCAUCGACUCGGCAAGCAGCACUUCCCGCCUUCAUCAUCCGGUUUUCGCCUAGCAAUUGUGACCGACGAGGACGCCGUGCUGGAGGAAGCGCGUCAAGCGCGAGACUGGUUAUCUGGAAUGCUCGCAUGCCAUGAGAAGCUGCUCAGCCGAGAGCACUUAUUGCGCAUGUUCCGACUCGCGAUCGAGAAAGACAUGGCAGGACAGAAAGAGCGCUGGUCAGAGAAAGAAAAGCUAUACAUGGUACUCACAGACCCUAAGCUCGUAACUCUAGAAGACAGACUCAAAGCUGCGUUCACCACAGUCCUGCACCUGAACCUCGCGCAGCAGCUACAGCACGUCGGCGAGAAAGCUCAAGUACGCUUCGACCGCGUCGAACGGACCGAAGCCCUGACCGCACAGACCGACGACAUCCGCGACUCCAUCGUAGUCAAGGCUCGGAACGUUAAAGUCGACCACUUCGCAUGCGCCGCCCCUCUCUCCCUCCUCACUUCUCAAACACCUGCAGAAGAAAUUGCAUGCCCGAUAUGUCAAAACUCUCAUACAGACAUGCGUACCUUUACAAUUCCCGACCUGCUCGCCGACUACCCCGUCCGCAUAAAGUACUGCGGACACUUCGUCGGCAAAGCGUGUCUAGAGCAGUGGAUGAUGACGCCGAAGAUCGAGGCGGCGAAGUACCCGCACCGUACGUGUCCGCUGUGUCGCGUCAAGAUCGAGGGCGUGGACACUCCUGCCCUUCCUGUGGCGCUGCGCAAGCAUGUCGUGACGGAUUGGCGGGCGAUGGAGGUGUUGAGGGAGAUGGAAGAGGGCUGGGAGAUGGAGGUGGAUGAGUGUCUUGAUGCAGUCGUAGCGUGCAUGAGCGAGGAGGUUGCUGUUGAAGAGAUGCUAGCCGAGGUCGCAAGGCGCAGGAUGACUAGUAAAUGGGGGUUUGAGAGCGAAGAGAAGAUUCUGAGGAGUAAGUUGGAGGAGCUGAGGAAGGAGAAGUGGGUUUGGGGGUUUAGAGGCGAUGCGAUUUGGCGAAGGUUGAGAGAUGAGUGGGUCGGGAGUGGAAUUGUGAGGAAGGAUUAG